AUGAAGCCGGUGGGGGUGGCCUGGGCUAUCGGGUUGCCCUCCGGCAUCAUCCUCUUCCUCCUGGCCAAGCGGGAAGUGGACAAAAACCGCCUGGAGCAGCUCAAAAUCCGCCAGAAGAUAAAGCCCCCGGCUCCCCGCCGGCUGUCCUGCAGGGCUAUCGGGUUGCCCUCCGGCAUCAUCCUCUUCCUCCUGGCCAAGCGGGAAGUGGACAAAAACCGCCUGGAGCAGCUCAAAAUCCGCCAGAAGAUAAAGGAAGCCAACCAGGGCGAGUACGAGACGGAGCGGUACAAGGGGGUGGCCAGGGGGGCAUAG